CAACACUCGUGACAAUAAUGUGUUGUGUAAACUCGAUACAAAUAAAUAUAAACACGUUUUGUGCAUGAAAAACACGAUUUAAUGUUCAUAUAUAUAGAUACGUAUAUAGAACUUAUGCACAUUGAUUACCGUUAGAUCUGAAAGAGAACCCAACCUGAAAAGAUCAAAAUGGCGCAGUGUGUAGUUUGGUGUCUGCUAUUAGCGACGUUGUCAGCGUACGCCUCAAGUGACUUAGGAACACUGGUUGAAUACUGUCAGAAAUUGGACAGUGCUGACGGUGAAGCAUAUAAGGAAAUGGUCAAAGAGAUUUUGAAUAAACAAAAAGAUGCUUUAAAGAAGGAACGCACUCUAAAGAAUGCGCUCAAGUCUGGAAAUGAGGGAAAGAUAAGCAAGGCUUGUGCUGAGUUGAGGACCAUUUACGAAGCAGGGAAAGAAGGAGCAGAACCAAUCGAGAAAUGUUGUGGUAAGAAGAAACCUAACAUAGUGCUUAUCGUGGCCGACACCCUGGGGCACAAUGACAUAGGAUACAACAAUGAGAAGUUCUAUACUCCAUUCCUCGACUCACUCGCUGAUAGUGGGGUUAAGCUCGACAAAUACUAUGUUGACACCGUCUCUACUGCCUUUAGAGCCAGUCUUAUGACCGGGAGACAUUUUCCGAAUACAGGUGCCAUGGGAGCUAUUUACCCCUGCGCCAACCAUUGUAUACCCUAUAGUGAGACAGAGAAAAACCUUCCGACGAGGCUCCGCGAUGCCGGCUAUUCUACAUACUAUCUUGGCAAAUGGCACAUGGGCUACUCUAGAGAGCAAUGUUUACCAACGAACAGAGGAUUUGACUAUUUUUAUGGAUCGUACCAGGGCUGGGGAGACCACUUUACACACGUACGAAAGGAUUGUAUUAAACGAAACAAAGCAGGGGCGAACGAUUUCACCAUCGACUGCUGUAGAUGGGGAAGAGAUUACUGUAGUUUAGACUGUGCAAGGGGUGGCAAAAAAGAAGGUUUGGAUUUAUUUGAAAACACGACUCCUGAUUAUACUAAAAACGGAACUUUCUCAACUGACCUUGUAACAGAUAAAGCUAAGGCUAAAAUAGAGGAGCAUAACGCGAAAUAUCAAGGUGAUAAGCCAUUGUACAUGAAUCUUGCAUACGUAAAUCCUCAUAUGCCCGUGCAAGCACCACAGGAAUACAUUGAUAUGAUCACGAAGAUCCCGGAUGGAGAAUUAGGUCCAUAUAAAAUGCCAAGAAGAACUGUGGCAGCCAUGGUUUAUGCUUUGGAUGUUGCUGUAGCAAAAAUCGUACAGACGCUGAAAGAAGAAGGGAUGUGGGAUAAUACAGUUCUUGUCUUUACCACAGAUAAAGGUGGAAACAAACUUCACACCAACAACUGGCCUUUGAGGGGAGGAAAAUUCACUUACUUUGAAGGUGCAAUUAGAGGAAUAGGCUUUGUUGCAAGUCCUUUACUUCAGAAAAGUUGUUGCGAUGACGACUGUAAGAUAAACAAACAACUGUACCAUGUCUCAGAUUGGUAUGCAACAUUCUUGCGUCUGGCUGGAGGAAAGAUUGGAGCAUCAGGAUACGAUUCACAUGAUAUAUGGGAUUCUAUCAACCGAUGUUCGCAAAGUCCACGAAGGGAAAUUCUCCAUUCCCUGAACCCAACAAUUCCAAGGAAGGGUGUACCUAUGUAUCCUGUUAACGUGACAUUUGAUACAACAAUCAGGGCAGUUUUGAGAAUGGGAGAUUACAAGAUAUUUACAGGAAAGUUCGAGGGGAAUGGAGGAUUUGAUGGUUGGCAAGCUCCUCCAGAAUUUCCUAAGUUUGUGACAACAAAUCAUACUAUGAUCCCGGACAAGAAUGUAUAUCUUUACAACAUUGCUAACGAUCCUUUGGAGAAGAAAGACCUGAGUGCUUCCAUGCCAGAUAAGGUUCGGGAAAUGUUGGAUAGGUUGAAAGCACUCCAACCUAAGACCAGACGAGAGCCAUACCCAUGUCCCGAUCCAGAUUGUGACCCUACAAAGUACGACCCUCCAGUUUGGAUGCCAUGGUUGUAAAUCCGAAAAAGGAUUUUACCAUGUACUGUACAUUCUAUAAUGUACCAGAUUUCCUUGUUUUGAAUUUCUCAAACAUUUACAAAUUAUCAAGCGCAGAUAAUAAAAUAUUUGUAAUGUUUACUGCCAA